AUGCUCUGGUGUCUUUCGGAGAAGCAUCGCCGAGACAUCGCCUUUGGUUCCCUGAACGAGUUCUGUGCAUUGCAUAGAUACCAACAGGCUGCUCAUGCGGUUGCAUGGGAAGAUGCAGACAUGUCGGUGAAGCGGCGCAUGGCCUGUGAAGACACACAGGAGAUACUCUCUAGACUCCGGGCAAUUCAAGCAGACCCGACCUGGGAAGCCGCUGCAAGCUUGUAUGGUUCAGACAUGGUGCUCCGAAGCACUGAGACACGUAGUCCUUCAGGCUUGAGCAAGGCAGCAGCAGAGCUGUGGCAGCAACUCAUGUCUGCUUUUCCAAGCUUUCCCGAUGCGGACAUUGCCAGUGCUCCAAGCAUCAAGGAUGACAAGGAGGGCCUAUCCACGCCUCCUCGCAAUGCCAAGAGAGAGGUGCAGUUCAGUCCACCUCGGCCGUCGCAUGCACGGCGCAGCACUGGAGAAGCCGGAGAGGUCAAGCAGGAGACCACAGCCCAUGCGCCUGGGGUGCAUCGGCAUAAUAUGGAUGCAGAGGCACUGGAAAAGGCCUUCCUAGCAAGCCAUCCACGCGACCCACCUGUCAUGGGCCAUCUUCUGCAUUACGGCACUUUGUUGCACGGCAUCGCCGAAAUCAGCAGGCAUAGGUGGGGAGUGUCCUGGCCUGCUCACUGCCUGCCUCUCAUGGCAACAAGUGCAGAGAGCUCCCGCCUGCUGGCUUUAAGCUCUGCUGGUCUCGUGUUCGCGAUUCUCCAGAACAAGGAGCACUGGGCCUUGUUGGCGGGCAUGCAUGGCAAGAGCACCUGGUUGCUCCUGGAUAGCCGGCCCUCUGCAGAAGUCGAGCAGCUCGCAGCCGCUUUCCUGCUGCAUGCUCAGGAGACAAGUUGGAGGCAGGAGCUGUCGCUCAGGAAGUACAAUGUCCCUCUUCAACCUGACAGUUGGUCGUGUGGUUUCCGAGUCCUCAUGUCUGCAAAGGCCAUUAUCGAGCUUGAGGGUGGCGACUGGCCGCCUCAGAUUCCCACGGCAGCCUUCUCCGAAGAGACCAUGUCCGCCAUGUGCCGGGACCUGCGAGCCUGGAUGGAUCCAAGUGCUGUUGCGGCGAAGCCCGAGGGGUCUGCCGCAUCGGCACCUCAUCGCAAGACCGAGGCAGCUGCAGCAUCGGGGGCUCAGGGUUCUGCAUCCGCCUCUGCAUCCGAGAAACCACCCACAACGCCAAAGAGGCAGUCUCUGGUGCUGCACGCCUCGCCAUCCAGCCGAAGCACACCUCGCAUGCGAGUGCGGAGGCUGAGCAAAGCUCCAAAAGCGAAGGCAUCCCGGAGGAAGCAGGCCCCAGAGGCGAAAGCAAAACAGACGGAAGCGGAGCUGCAGCAGAAAGGCUUGGAGAUCCUGGAGAACAUUGGGGUGGACCACAGCAUGUUUCAGGCGGUGCACCGAAGGCAUUUUCCUGGCAAGAACACCGCGAAGGGCCACUGGCAAACUUUUCAGAAGUCUAUCGCGGACGACCGAAUCAUCUCCUGUGAGGCCUGCCUCGAGCUGCAGGCCAAGGUCUCGCAGGCCCUGGAGGAUGCGGAGGAGCAGGCCCUCUCGAGCUUGGUCCCGGCGGAGGAAGCUGACAAGCCUGGCCUUAGCAGGACAAGCAAGAAGGGCAGGAAGCGCAAAGCCGACGAAGCUGGGCGAAGGUGGCUGCAUGAGUUUAUCCGUAGCGAAAGGCCUGGCCUCUACCGAGUUACGGAUGCGAGCUACAGUCCCCAAGUGGAAUACUGGUGCACGGCCUGCCAAGAGAAGGUCCGCUUCUGGACUUCAGCGAACAACUCGAAGCUGCUCGUGCACGAGAAGGCUAAGAAGCACGAGCGAGGGCUGCGAAGGCUGCGAUGCGAGCAGGAGGAGCGAGAUCGUGCUCUGAUGCCCCUGCCCGCUGCCGACGAGAUCGUUGAGUCCGACCAGAGCGGGUGCCGAGGCAUUGCCGUGCAGGACCCUUCUUCGCAUAAGGCGGGGCAACCGCGGAUCGUCUAUUCCGAGCAGGAGGCGGAUCCACUACAAGGUCUUGUCUUCGAAUACCAUCCACGGCUAGGCAUCCUAGUAUCUUCCACGCAGUGCGUGCGAAAGGAGAUGUCUCCCAAGGAGACAGAGCGUGGGUACUGUGACGAGUGCCUCAAAAGAUGCCAACUGCUGUCGCUGCGCAAACACUUGUGCAAACUCUCCUACUGGGUGGACUUGCUUCUCCUCACGUGGAAGAUGAAAAACCGACCACGUAAGGAGGCGGAGGAGAUGGCCCAAGUCAUGCGCUCUCGGGAUUACAUCGCCCUCAAACUAGAGGGUACUGGUCUGGAAGGUUUGCUGGAGGGAGAUGACUCUUUUCAGAAGCUGCUGUGUGCCACCAAACGAGGCAUGGAGUCUGUGGCCCAGAGCCGGCGAUCUACGAGCAUGAGGCACCUCAUCGAGCGGUUCAGGGUGACUGUGCCUGUCACCAAGAGUGGCAAGCGUAUGCAGAAGGACGCCGAGACAGCUCUCGCGGCGACCUUGGCAGACGCCAUCACCUCGGGGACGUGCCGUGAGAAGGACGUUCACCUCGCAAGCCUCGUAGCGACGGGUGGACUACGAGGAGACAGUGUAGUGGAAGCCCUUACAGCCACCUUUCUUCUCGAGUUUCAGCAACUCUGCUCCAACAAGCGCCGAAAGACUUCCUCCAAGCAUAUCCGAGAGGCGCACGUGGCCGAUGCUUUGUCUACUUUAGGCCGCACCUCGGAGAUCCAGGAGUUGAUGCAGCGUUUCGGACUCAAUGCAAGGGCGGUCCCCAAGAAGCCAGUGAUCCAGGAGGCAGUGCCAGAGAGUUUCUGUAGUCACAGGACAGAUGAGCUGCUCCGGACAGCUGCUGAGAAAAUCUUGAGGCUGCUUCGCUUGGAAGGCGACACCGAGAUCCGCCCCAUGCUGAUCAUGGACGACAGUGACCAGGACUUCUCCUACGUCCAGGUGACCGACAGCAAUGAGGUGCCCCAGAUUCGGAACAUGCCGCAAGCCUUCCUCGCCAACACUACCCAGCACUACGUCAUGAAACGGCCUGAUUGCAGCCGCUUCGUCUUUGACCUCCUGUGCAUCCCGGGCAAGCAAACCAGCAGUGGCCGCGACUUGCUGGAGCUCACCGGCCGUGUGAUGCAGGCAGCUACCUCGCGAUCUUUGGUGCCUCCAAUCGGAGUCUCCUCAGAUUGCGGCACUCGCAACAUGGAGACGAGCCGCUGCUUGGUUGGUUUAUGCGACCCGGCCGACCUCACGAAGCUUCCUUUCUGGAGUACUUGUGAGAGGAAGCCUCUGACAGGUCCGUAUGCUUGGCCCUUCGGUGCUCUGUUCUGGACUCAGCCCUCGACCGGCAAAAGCUUUCAGCUGGCAGGCUCUUGCGGAGGCUGGCAUGUGCAGAAACGUUUCAGCCUUGCACAUGUCAGUGGGUGCCGCCUUGUGAGCUGGGGCGCCUUCUGGGUGACUUUGUCGCCCUGCUGUCGGCAGGAUUUGGGGACAGCAGCCUUCUGCUGCAAGGAUGUACAAAGCGACAGUGCCGCGAGCUCCCGCCUAGCCCCGUGCUUCACACCACGGGCGUGGGAUGCCGUUGGCACUCACCUGCAUCAGCUGGUGGGAGGCUUGGUCGCUGCGAUCACCACCGCUUCCCGGGGCUUGACGAAGUCCGAACUGGCACACUCCUCCUUCUGCCUCUAUUAUGUGGUGAUGCUUCAUCUGUGCCGUGCCUCGACAAAGCACCCGCAGCAGACCGACAAGUACUGCCUCAGCAAGGUGACAGUCCGAAAUUUAGCCCAUCUGGCGGCCCACAGUGUGAACCAGUGCCAGAUGCCGUGGGAACACCGCGACCUUCAAGAGUUGCCCAUCGAAGUCCAUUUUUCGCGGGUGAAGUCUAGCUUCCGAGGGUCGCCAGGGAUCCGCGACUGCAUCGCUGGCAUCUCUUUGGAUGCAAUGAAACAACUACUCGAGCUUCGCAGACUGCCCGAAGGCCACGACUUCAACAGUAAUGCCACUGUUCAGGACCGGACGCCUGUGACCCCGGAGCAGCUCACCCAGAUCUCCAAGGAAGCCCUGGCAUGCUGCUGCAAAUUCCAAGCGAUGAUUUCAGUGGACGUGACCGCCGAGGACAUCUACGACCACUUCAGAAGCUGGUUUCGCGUGCGAGGACUUGCCGUGCUGCAGGCCAGGACCGAGGACCUUGCAGGCACCGGCGACGCAGAGGACAGCUUGGAGCACUUGCUGGAGCAGAAAGUGGAUGAGGUCACGGACCUUGCACUCCUCGCUGGCGUGGAUACUACGGUUCUGGACGAGCCCCUUGCCACAGUGGAGCUGCUGCAGGCCCGAGCUGUGCAAGCAGAGGAGACCGAGGCCACACUGGAUGCUCUUCUCCAACUUGAUGAUCCGGAGCAGGAGCAGCAUGAACAGGCUACCUCCAGCGGCGAUGCAGCGGCCGACUUCGCACCGUCCGCCUUUCCUGAUGGCCUCUUGCCGGAUGAGCCACCUGACCAUCCCGAGGAGCUUCAGCCGAAGACGCUCGCCGAUGUCGUGAACCAGGCCAUUGUCAAGGACCCGGCUGCUUUCGAGCUGAAUGAAAUCAGCGGUGCAGGUGAGGAGGGAUGCCUGAAGCGGGCACUCUGUUUGGUCGGGCCCAUCCGGCGCUACACGAGGUGGGUGAGAUUAGAAGAGGGCAAACUGUCGGAAGCCCUUCUGGAGCGAAAGUCUCAAGGCCAAAAGUGGAAUGUUGUGGAGCAUGAGCUCGCCCUGGCACGCCGCAUUGCUUCCCUGUCUCACACCAGGGUCAGCCGUGCUGAGGCGUGGGCCAAGACAGCUGCUGAGUUCCUCAAGGAGAAGCUCCCAGUCCCGAAGAGCUCGUCCAAAGACGGUCUGGUUCCAGUGACAUCUUUCCGUCCACCUGUGAGUGGGAGAACCUGGCAGGUCCUCGUUCUGUGUGGCUCCCAGCUCGGGGCCUCUUCCAAGAUCCUCCUGGGCGUGACAUUGACCGUGUUCCGUGGCUCUGUGAACCGAAAGCAAGGGCAAGGACCGGUCCAGGUCAGAGCGGGCAGGGCGUUCAACGGCGAUCUGCCAACGAAUGCAUCUCGUGUGGUGCACGCUGCAGAGCUCCGUGCUACCAAUGACGACACUCAGGGCACCUUCACAGUCACUGGCCUCAGCAAUGCAUGGGUGUUUGAUCCCACUGGUGUCGUCCUCGCGGAGCCAGAGCUCGUGAUGCAGAAGGAGACUAAGCAUGGCUUCACCGUGCAGUUGUCUGAGGCGGCGCUCCAGGGCAUCGAGAUCCUCCGCAAAUCAAAGCUGCCCAAGCUGGCAGCUGCAUCAGCUGCUGAUCCUGCGGAGGACGGUGCCGCAGAGCAUGCCGAGCCAUCCUCGUCAUUGAGCGAAGGCCUUCAGUUCACCGACCGCAGCUUCACGAAGACGACACUGCGCAAGUCCCUGGACCGUUUCUGGCCGGCUCUGGCACGGGCCUACGCCCAGGAGCAGCAGCCUUUCGUGGAUGCCAACGAUUCCGUGCAGUUGGGCGAGCAGCAGCUGAGUUUCAAAGAUCUCGCGAGCCGAUCGGCUACAUUCCUCGAGAAGGAGUUUGAAAAUUCACGAGGCUGGACGUUCAGCCAGAGGGUGCACAGCUUCCUGCAGUCCCUGCUGCCGAAGCGCAGAAUCUCGGCCUCAUAA